AUGGCGCCCGAGCCCGUGGCCAAGAAGAGCCUCUUCCGCAACAAGGCGGCGGCCCCACCGUCGAACGUCAUUGUCGUGGACGGCAUACCGCUGAGUCGGGACCUCGUGGAAGACCCGAGCUUGAGCGACGCGCCACCCGAAGCCGAGAACGCUUUCAUCGACGCUGAAGCCAUGUUUCGGAAAUACGACAUUGAUCGGUCCGGUGGCAUCGACCUCGACGAGUUCAAGCUGCUGUUAGUGGACCUCCAGAUCGACAUUCCGCCGCCAAAAAUCCAAGUGUACUUUAGAAAGUGCGAUUUGGCGCAGAAAGGCUUCAUCACCUUUGAUGAAUUUCGCCUCGCGAUGUUUACGUGCGACCCGACGAAUCCGACACGGACCAACGGCUUUUGCCCAAGCAAAGUGCUGAACCCGAAAGACCUCUUUGCAAUUUUUGACACGGACGACUCGGGUGAAAUCGGUCGCAGCGAGUUUUCUGCAAUUCUGCGCUUUCUCAAAAUCAAAAUGGCGCUGGACCGACAAGAGACCGUGUUUAGCCAGUUUGAGAAUCCUGUGACCGAAGGCCUGACGUACCUUGCGUUUCGGUCGCUUUGGCUUACGCUUGUGGACGUGCGCAAAGAGCUCCACAACCGCAACAUUGCGUACAACAAACUCCUCUCGCGCGCCAAGCUGGCCAAGAAGCUCGAGUCGGUUCUCGACAAGGAAGACGCGCAGGAGCAGUAUACGAUGCUGGAAGCCCAGUGGAACUUCAAUUGGGAAACAAUCAAAGAGCGCCGGGAAAAGCUACUCGCUAACGCCAAACGCUAUGCCGAUUACGUUCUGGGGGAGACCCUCGACGCUGCAGGGCAGGUCUACGUCUUCGGCAAAGGCUCGUUCAACCGCUUUGACGGAGCCCCGGCGGAGCGUGACUUUGUCGAGUGCCCGUACUUUUCGCAGCUCUUGGCCCUCUGGACAAGCCGCGUCCGGGGGGCAGAAGCCUUUGCACCAAAAGCACCAACGAGCCCCGAGAAGAAGUUGGGCGGCUGGGACUCGCCCAAGAAGAGACCGCCGAUGAUCAAGACCGAGCGCAUCGCACGCGACCCGACGCAAACGCAGCAGCUCGCGUUCCACAACCGUGUGGUGGCCAUCAAUACCGCGUGGCUCUGGGCACGCCGCGUCAAGCAGGUCUCGUGCGGGGCGUCGGUGGCCUAUGCCUUAACGGACGCCGGCGAGCUCUAUUGCUGGGGGGGUACCCGCCGCACGUGGGACUAUGUCUACAGCCCCGAGCACUCGGCGGAUCCGUCGCAUCAGGUGCCGGGAGCAGCCGCGUCACGACCUUUCACGGCGCGCACCGAGAUGCUCAAGCUCAGUGCGCCCAAUCAACUCCUUGCCGACGAGCACGAGCACUUGAAGAAUUACGUGCGCAGCAUGUUUCGAGAGAAUGCUCCGCCCGAGGUGCCCGUCGAGUCGGACGAAGCCGAGCUACAGCGGCUUCUUGUGCUGAUCGACUACUUUGAGCUGUACCCACCCGCCUUGCGCGCCGAAGUGAACCUUGCCAAGGCGCGGGAGCUCAUGGAGUUUGACUUGCGCGCUGAUGUCGUCACCAAUGCACUGCGGCUGCGCGCGCUGCAGUCGAGCCAAACCGGGAAAGCCACCAACGCCACAAAGCUUAGCAAGUGUUUAAUGCUCGAGCUCGAGUGCAUGGGCGAACCGUUCCAGCGACAAAUGAAGAAGCUCGACCAGCAGCUCCUGCGGGCGCUGCACAACUACCAAGACGCCACCAUCUCCUCGGUUCUCAAGAAGGGCGCUGCGCUCUGGCAGCACAUGCGGCAACUGGUGACGGCCAUUGACGAGACCGAGACGUCGGCGUUCCAAGCCAAGCAAGAUCUAUGGGAGCAAAAGCGAAGUGAAGUCGGGCGGCUUCGGCGCAAGCAGGCGCGCAGCGGGCUAGAAGGUGCUACGUUGGGCGCGGUUCCCGACCAUGAAAAAACCCUCCAAAUGAGUGGUGUGACGGCGCGAGGGCCACGUCAAAAGACAUUUCUGGGGCACCAAGCGCUCCAGCAAGUGUCGGUGGGCGCUAAACACGCACUGGCUGUGCACCAGUCGGGGCAACUGUACGGGUGGGGGUUCGGGACUUACGGGCGUCUCGGGUCUAGCUCCCACGACGACACGACGACCCCAAAACCUCUUGCUCAUCUGCGGGAGAUGCGGUUCCGGUCCGUCGCGUGUGGGUACUCGCACAGUCUCGCGCUGCGCCACGACGGACAGGUGUUCGUAUGGGGCUCCGGUGCCACCGGCAAGCUCGGGCUCGCGCCGCCUUCAAAAGAACCAGCCAUCGCCCGACCGCACACGACGCCCGUGGGCCACCGGCAUGCAAAUACGACCGAGCCUGUGCGGGUCUCGUCGCUGGAGGACUGUUUUACGAUUCUGCCAUUGCCACUGGCACUUCCCUCCAAGGUGCGCAAGAUUGCCUGUGGUCCAUCACACUCGGCAGUGAUCUCAACCAACGGCGAGCUCUACGUCUGGGGCAGCGGCGACGGCGGUCGGCUCGGCUUGGGCGACGGUCGAUUCACCGACACAGACAACGAACUGCGAGGGGGCCACCUCGGCAUUGUAUCGGUGCCAACCAAAGUUGCGGCUCUGCUCGAACACCACAUUAUCGACGUGAGCUGCGGUACGGCGCAUACGGCGGUUGUGAGCGCCAUUCAGAGCAACGGGGCUCUGAGCUCUGGCGGCCGCGUCUUUGUUGCAGGGAGUGCGCAUGCGCUCGGCGACUUUUGCCCCGCGUUCGUGACGCCGACCGGUCUCGCAUCCGUGCAAGUCACCGCGCUCGCGUGCGGGAACGCCCACACGGCUGCCGUCUCGAUUGACGGCGAGCUUUUCACGUGGGGCAACAAUGUCGGGGGCUGCACCGGCCAUGACAGCAGCCACCGGUUCAUUGGGACGCCGUCGCGCGUGCCAUGCAUUUAUCAAUCGCCGAGUAACAUGGCGCGACACCCGUCCUACGCCAUUGUCGCACUCCAGAGCAGCGUCGCGACCGGCUAUGGCGCACACCUCGCCCUCGACGGCGUCACCGACGGCGCCUUGGAAAGCAAUUGUUGCCAGACCUUCCGCGAGAUGUGUCCGUUCUGGCAGGUCGACCUCGGUGUCAUGUGCCGCAUCACCUCGGUGCGGCUCUGGAACCGACCAGGGGCCACCGGCGACCAGUUGUUCCCGUGCAUUGUGUGCAUCGGCCAAGAGCCGUUCGAGGCUGAAGCGGGAAAGCACGCGCUACACGAAGCCAAGGCCCAUAGCGUCUUUACCAAGUUUAAGCUCGAGACAGCGGCCAAUCCGCUCGUAUGGCACCCGCCAGACAACACGAUUGGGCGCUACGUGCGUGUGCAAAUCGACGGCGCUUCGAUCCUCAGCCUCGCCCAGGUCGAGGUCUUUGGCACCGAAGAGUGGGUGUACCAAGGCCCGCGCGUGCACAGUGUAGCGUCUGGCGACGACAUUCUCGUGGUCAUCUGCCGUCCCACGUAUGCCCAGAGCGAUAUUGACAAGGCCUAUCUCCGUGCACUCUCUGCCGACAGCCGCUUUCAGAGCGUUUUGGACGAAUUUCCGACGUUUGAUACGAGCAAGAUGGCGCUGGACGACCUCCGCCGCGCGGCGAGAGACUGCCCGCUCUGCACCGUCCAGCGCGUCUGUCCGCUGUGUCUUUUGUGCAAGGAGCUCGAAUCCCACGAACACGAUUUGGCCGCAGACUACCGCGCGACCAUGUCGCUCGACGAGAUUGGCACCUUCUUGCUGUCGCUGCGCCCGCCCAAGCCCCUCGCGCCACUCGCCGUCGACGAAGAGAACCGGUUGGCGCGGAUCUAUGUGGACGACGAGAAGCCCGAGUCGGCCCUGCACAAGGCCGAAGGGCGCGUCCUCGCCGCCAUGAGCAAAGUCGUGCGAGGCGGGCCUAAGUCGCCGUCGUUUUUGAGAAAGGCCAUGGUGUCCAUGGCCACGUCGCGGCUUGCGUUCGCAAAGCGCAAGGUCCCCGAGAUGCACGUUCAAAUCGUUCGGCCGCACACGACGUCGGUACUCGGGAGAGGCGGGCUGUAG